CUGAACAGAGGAUGAGUUGGAAAGCAUCGAUUGACUUGAAAAUCAGUUAAAUUUGAAGGAUUGCGCAUAUCUCAAUGAAAAUCACCUAACCAAUAAUGUCCAUUCAAAAGCAGUUGUCUCAUUGCUUCCGUCCCCAAAAUUAGAUGAUAACACAUCAAUAUCAAUCCAAAACCAUAACAUUUGUAAUACCGACUAAUGUUAAUUUUGUAGAUGAAAAUCUCAACCCAUAAUGUGUAAUAUCAAUCCAGCUAAUUUGAUGAUACUCUUGUGAUUCUUGUAAUCAAUGUUUAUGCUUUUAAAUUGUGAGUUAUUGUGAAACCAGGAGAAGGUGAAUAAAAAGAAACAACGAAAUUGUAACCUUUAAAAGAGUUUAGAGAUUGAGCAAAUCCAAGCAGAAAGACAAAGAACCAAAUGCUGAUUAUCGCUUAAAUUGCUGUGAUGCAUGAAUAAUUUCCUGAAAAUUAGUGUAAAAAGUCAGAGUUAAAGGACAAAUGAACAGAAAACUGUCUCCAUCUGAAAUCAAUUUUCUGAUUGAAAGUGGCGAUGGAAACAACAUUGAACCAGAUACGAGUGUCUUGACCGACCUGAGCAGGCAAUUCAUUGAGAAAAAGACUAUUCCUAAAUUGCAAGUGUCAGAAAAGAAUGGUUCAUGGUUUGCUCUCAACAAUACAUCACUCCAUGUUGUUAAAGAGUUGGAAAGGCAAGGUAAAUGCUCUUCAGUUCAAGUUGAAAUUGUUCCCCUGAGUAAAGUUCCAAUAAGCCUUCAAAAAGGUAUGCUCACUGUUAGCAGUCAUUCAGUUGAGAUGGAGAGAGAAACAAUGUUUUCUGAAUGCUGCUCAACUAAAGAUGACAAUGAUCAAGUUGAUUCAAGUGAAAAUAAAGGAGAACGAAGAGGAUUUCGAAGACUUCAAAUUGAGGAAAACUUCGACAUUGAAUCAAAUGAAAAUACUGGUAAAUAUGGACCCAGCGAUUCUUAUGAUUAUGGUGAAGAUACGGGUGAAAGUACAUCAUCUGAAGUAUCUGAUUAUGAUCAAGAUUUUGAUGAAUCAGAAGGAGAGGAAUCGCUGGUUUGCAAUGUUUGUGAUAAAGCUUUUUCAAAUGGACGCAAAUUGGGUCGACAUCAGCUGCACAGAAGGCAUUUUUGUUGCUCCGUUUGUGAUGCUUUGUUUCCAAGUCUGAUGAUUUUACAGAUUCACAAGAAAACACUUGAACAUUGGACAGACGAUGAAGUUGCUGACAAUGAAAUUGCCAAUGAAUUCACUGGCCAAGAUGAACCUGAACAUGCUCAAGAGUCAACAUUUAGACUGACUUAUGAAGAGAUUGAAAGGUUAUUGUGAGAUGAAAUUUGAUAUUGAAAUACCGAUCAUUUGUUUCAACCCAAUCAAAUCUUGAAGCAACGGAAUUGAACUUACAAUCAAAAGUCUAAACGCACAAUUUACUUCUUUUCCGCUAUCUUAAGGAAUCUAAAUCCAAUUGCUGGUUAAUUGGAAAAUGAUCAAAAACCAAAUCUUUUUACAAAAACAUAAAGAGUGCCAAAGAAUGAAGAUUAGCCAUGAUGAAUUUCAACUUUCCAAUUCUAGAUAUUCGAUAGGUUAUUUCUUCUUUUCUGAAUAACUUCUAAUGCAAACAAAACUAUUUACUUUUUAGGAUCAACUUGAGAUGAGAUAAAUAAUCAGUUUGAAAUUUAAAUUAAACUUUAUGACAGUGUUGAGAUGUUUGAUUAUUUGCUAUUUUUCAUUGCAAUUUUACGAAUUUCAAAUCAUUUAUUAGAAAAUUUAAAAUCUAAAUUAGCUAGAAACAUUAGUAGAUUGGAAUCAAUUUGUGUUGCUCCGUCUGUCGUUAUAUUAAUGAUUGAUACUCGAUUGAAAUUCCAAUUUUUCAAUCACAAGUUUAACUGAUCUUCAAAAUGUAUUUACAUUAAUUUAUUGAGCUUCCACAAAUUCAUUUUGCAUUAGUUGAUCAGCUUUAGAUGCUGAAUAUGAAAUCUUUUUUCCCAUUAUUCCAUAAACAUCAAUUGUUUCUUAAAAAUUGAUUCAUGAAGCUUUCCAUUUUGAAAUAUUUAUGCAAAUCUUCAAAUGACAGCAAAAGCUCGAAUUCAUGGUAAUAUCUGAAAAGAUGGAACAACAUUUUUGCUGAUAUUCACAACAAUCUAACCAGAUAUCGCCUUCGUGAGCAUCUCGAACUGGUCCAUUGUUGCUGUCCUUAUCUUUCACAUCAAUGGCCUCAAUCAACAAAAGGCAGUUUCGUCUAAGCUCAAAAGGACAAGAAGUAAAUUGGCGAAACUUCAUGGAGAUCAUGGAUUUUAUUUUCUCCUUGAAAAUAGCACAAUCUUGCUCUGUUAACGCACUCAUGAAAACGAUAAUUGACUGUAAAAAUUUAAAAGAGAGACUUUAAAGAGAAAAAAGCAAUUGCUAUAAAAUUCA